AGUCACUAUGGAAAUGCCAUUGAGGAGUUCUGCCUGGUCAAGUUCAAGCUGGACAUGGAGGUUCUCGACCAGCAACAGUGGUGCAGCUGGGAGGACACUGUUGAGUCUUAUGGAGAACUAACCAACUGCACGUUCAUGGUGGCUCUGAAGAUGAACUGUUUCUGGCCCAACCGAAUGGUGGAUGAAUUCUUCAUCCGGGUGCACAGACACUACUUCCAUGACUGUUCAUUGUCUGGACGGCUGCUUCACGAUCCACCAAAUCGGAUCUUGGGGCCUUUUAUCGUGGUGCCCAUUCUGGUGACGCUACUCAUGACUGCUCUAGUGGUGUGGAGGAGUAAACGCAGCGAGGGAAUUGUUUAAGUCUACAACAGUUAACCAAUAAUCUCCACACUGAACAACAGAGAAGGUGAUAUUUCACAGACUGUGAACAUUAAGAAAGACUUGUUUCUCAUCAAGUUGUAUAUCGAAACGCUUAUAGUGAACACGGUCACUGUGUUAUCUACAAACAGAUAACAUACAAGUCGUUUAUACGGACAAAAACCUUCAGCACAAUUUCUUUUAAGUAGUUUUUAACUAAAUGUUUUGUCAUGCCAGCAUUUUGUCAGUGAAACAGAUCUCCAAUCUGGAUGCAAGUCAUUAUGAUGAUGGAUAAGUAUAACCUUGGAUGGAUAAACACCAAAGGAAGGACACUGUUAUUCCCAUGUGUUUGACAAACCUAUGUGAGAACUGGACUCAAUCACUUUGUGACACCUCAAUGUAUGUCACACUCAUAGAUGUGCUUUGUGCUAAAUUAUGACAUUUGUAGCAUGACAUUCAUGAUUAAUAUUUUGUUGUAAUAUUUAAAAAUUAAAAAGGGCUACAACCAUG